GUUGGUUGGUAAAGUAAAAUGAGUGUAUUUCAGCGUGAUAAUGUAACGCUCUGUGUGCUUAUAGUAAAUGGCGCCAAAAUGUGCAAGUGUUAUUUUGUUUCCAGUGUAACGCGUCCACACACGAGGACCAGAGCAAUUCACUUGGCUCUUUAUUCCUUUCUGUUAACUAUUUCAGUCAUCUUUAACGUGAAACAGACGUAUUUGAGAAAGGUAGAAGAUACAUCUUCAUGUCAUGGAGUUUAUUAAAGAGGAGCCUGAAGACUCGACUGAUUCAGGACCCUGCAGAGUGAAAGAUGAAGAAACUGAGGAACAAAUAGGUCUGAUGGAAGUGAAAGAGGAAAGCCAAGAACUGAAUGAAGUUGAAGACAGCCAGCAUUUACAGACACCUGAAAAUUGUAUAGCUGAAGAAGGUGACGAUCAGUCUGAAAACCUUUCACGAUCAUUUCACACCAGAAAGAGACCUUUCACAUGCCAUCAAUGUGGAAAAAGUUUCGAUUAUAAAGGACAAUUUAAUAUUCACAUGAUGAGCCACACUGGAGAGAGGCCCUUCUCGUGUGCUCCGUGUGGAAAGAGGUUUUUACAUAGAGGACAUCUUAACGAACACUUACGGAUUCACACGGGAGAGAAGCCUUACACAUGCGCUCACUGUGGAAAGAGUUUCAGAUUUCAAGCAAGUCUGACAUGGCACAAGAGAAUCCACACUGAAGAAAGCCCUUUAACUGGCUCUCAGUGUGGAAAAAGUCUCAAACAGCAAGAAAAACUCAAGAGUCACAUGAAAAUCCACACUAAAAAGAAUCAGUUUACAUGCCCUCAUUGUGAAAAGAGCUUCAGUCAUAAAGGACACCUUAAUAUUCACAUGAGGAGUCACUCUGGAGAGAAGCCCUUCUCGUGUCCUCAGUGUGGAAAGAGGUUUUUACAUAGAGGACAUCUUAACGAUCACUUACGGAUUCACACCGGAGAGAAGCCUUACACAUGCACUCACUGUGGAAAGUGUUUCACACAUCAAGCAAGCCUGACAUGGCACAUGAGAAUCCACACCGAAGAAACGUUUAAGCAUUACAUUAGAAUGCAUCCUUUCAAAUGCCAUCAGUGUGGAAAGAGUUUCCUUCAUAGAGGACACCUUAAUGAACACUUAAGAGUUCACACUGGAGAGAAACCAUUCACAUGUAAUCUCUGUGAAAAGAGUUUCAGUCAUAAAGGAUACUUUCAUCUUCACUUAAGGAUACACACCGGGGAGAAACCGUUCACAUGCGAUCAGUGUGGAAAGAGUUUCACGCAUAAAGGAAGCCUGAAGUGGCACAUGAGAAUCCACACUGAAGGACUUUUCCCUUGCAGUGUGUGCGGGAAGAGUUUCGCCUAUAAAAGGGAACUUCAGAUUCAUAGAAGAAUUCAUACAGAAGAGAACCCUUCGACUUGUCUUCAGUGCGGAAAAAAAUUCACAUGUGACAGAAAGUUUAAGUGUCACAUGAAAACUCACUCUAAAGACUAUGUUCACUCAUGCAAUCAAUGUGGAAAGGGUUUCAAUCAAAGAGGACACCUGAAUGAACACAUGAGAAAACACACCGGAGAGAAGCCCUUCAAAUGCCAUCUGUGUGGAAAGAGCUUCAGUCAGAAAGGAACCUUAAACAUUCACCUGAGCAUUCACACCGGAGAAAGACCGUUCAAGUGCCAUCAUUGUGGAGAGAGUUUCAGUAAGAAAAGAAACAUGAAUGUUCACCUGAGAACUCACUCUGCCAUUAACCUUGCAUGCCAUCAAACUGGACAGAAGUUAAUUCAACAAGCGCACCUUAGUGAUCAUAUAAGAAUUCACAUUGUAGACCGACCAUUCACGUGCCAUCACUGCAAUAAGAACUUCAUUCACAGAGGACACCUGAAUGAUCACCUGAGAAUCCACACUGGAGAGAAACCUCACGUGUGCCAACAGUGUGGGAAGCGUUUCACACAUAAAGGAAGCCUUACGUGGCACAUAAGAUCUCACACUGAAGAGGAGCUUUUACAAUGCCGUCAAACCGACAAGAAAUGCACAGAAAAUGCAGAUGUUGAGAGACAGAAAAGAACGUGCACCGUAGCGAAGCCUUACGCGUGCCAACAGUGCGGGAAGCGUUUCCCUCUUAAAGCAAGCCUUAAGUGGCACAUGAGAACUCACGCCGAUGAGGAGCCUUUCACGUGUCACCUAACUGACAAGAAAUGUACAAAUGAUGUAGAGCGUCCGAUAAGAGUUCGCUCCGGGGAGAAGCCUUACGUGUGUCCAUUAUGUGAAAAGAGUUUCAGUCGUCAAGCAAUCCUUCAGAGUCAUGUAGAAACUCACUUUGAAGAGAGUCCUUAAAAGUCCUUUUUGACUAAAGCAUUACAAUAGCGCAAUAUGUUUGCAGAUAUUUAGGAAACAUGCUAAUUCACAUACUUGUUUCUCUGAAAAUCAUUACAUUGUUAAUAUAAAAUACUGCACCUUUAAACAUGCCCUCAACGUAGAAAGAAACUACUCAUCUUACGAGAAACCAGGCAAUUUUUCUUUAGUACUAUCACCUUAUUAAGGACUUGCUUCUGGCUAGCUCACCGGGGGUAUAAUAACCAAUAACAUUUUUUUGUGAAGCUCUAAAUGGAAGUGUUCGGCGAUGACCAAUGGUAGAUAUUUCUUCAGUAUUUUCUGUAAAGCUUUGAACCAGUGUACACUACUACCAUUAUAUAUGAAAAUCACUGUAAAUCAAACUGCCUUUGCUUACACAUUUUUCUUGCAUUAAAAACCUUCACGUCCUCAUGCCACAUAAAAUGUAAACAAGUCAGAUAUUGUUUUAGAAAACAUGCUGAACUUUGCAGAAACAAGCUUGUGUCAUUGUGAAGUGCAAUUUAAGCAGAUAAAGACCAUAUACUGCUAGUUGUACAUACCACUUUGAGUUUCGCAAUUAACCGAGACUGCAGCAUUAGCCGCUUUUCCACUGUUGAGCCAGUGCGAGCCAAUGCUUUAAACAGGUCAGGCAGGGCUAAUAGCAUCGGGCUGUGUUUUCAACAUCGCGUCAGAAGCUCCGCUGCACAUAGUUUAUAAAUAUUUCUGCAUUGUAUGGGGAUCAUAAUCCACAUUGGAUCAAGUUAUUUCAAACACUAGCUACUGACUGAAAGUGAGUUUUGAGCUCAACUUAUUUAAAAAGUUUUUAAUGCUGGUGUUAUCGCUGCUAGCUUUAUGAAAUGAUCUGCAGCGCUGAGCUCUCCAGACGCGGAGAAACUGUGCCUUUGUUAAUAACCACUCCUCCGGCCUGCUUUGGCCCAAGGUUUUCGUCAGCGCCGAGGAAGAACUGAUGAGGCAUGAUCAAGCACUGGAAGUGACAGUGGAAACACGUCUGGCACACACUAGCACGCACGCUUUUGGCCUGACAGUGGAAACGCAGCCACUGAAUAAAGCCA